GCGGACGGGGCGCCGGCAGGACGUGUGGUCGGCGGCGCUGGCGGCCUCGGCCCAGAUUUGCUGCUGGAAUUUACGUUAGCAAAAUGAACAAAGACGCACAGAUGAGAGCAACCAUUAACCAGAAAUUGAUAGAAACUGGAGAACGGGAACGCCUUAAGGAGCUGCUGAGAGCAAAAUUAAUUGAAUGUGGCUGGAAGGAUCAGUUGAAGGCCCACUGUAAAGAUGUGAUCAAAGAAAAAGGACUGGAGCAUGUUACUGUUGAUGACUUGGUGACAGAAAUCACACCAAAAGGCAGAGCUCUGGUACCAGACAGUGUGAAGAAGGAGCUGUUACAGAGAAUAAGAACCUUCCUGGCCCAGCAUGCCAGCCUCUAAGGUUGAAUUGAAUCUUGUAUAUGUGUGUCUGUAUGUUAGAGUUACAGACACGCCAUUAAAUAAGUAGGAAAUUCCAGAAUUUAAAGUCCUUUUUGGUAUGUGAAUUUUCUUAAACUUAUGUUAAUAAAAAACUUUUUGUGAAUGA